AUGGCAAGCAAUAUUGGAGCCACGUCACACAAGCAACUAAUGGACGAUAUUGAUGAAAAAAUUCUUCUUUGUCCUAUAUGUCAAGAAAGAUUCACAUCACCAAAAAUAUUACCAUGUGUUCAUACAUUCUGUGAGAAAUGUCUGAAGUCGUGGAUUGAAAAGAAACAUGGUAAACUGACUUGUCCAUCUUGUCGCAAACCACAUGUCAUUCCUCCAGGUGGUGUCAGAGCACUAAAUAACAAUCUGUUUAUAAACGAGAUGCUGGAAAUGUUCUCUAAAGUCAAGAUUGGUCAAGAUGUGUUGAAGUGUGAUGUGUGUGCAUCGGCAGCCUCGUUCUGGUGCAAGGACUGUGUCGAGUUCUUUUGUAAAGAUUGCAGUGUACAGCAUAGUCGUAUGCGACUUUCAAAAACCCACAAAGUGAUCACAGUAGAGGAGUACCAAGAAUUAGAGAAAUCUGAUCAGCGUCAUCUCAUCCGACCACGAUUCUGUACAAACCACCCUAACAAUCAACUGGAGUUAUUCUGUGAUUUGUGCCAAGUUACAGCAUGCAUAAAGUGUGGUAUGAUCGAUCAUAAAGGAAUCGAUCAUAAAAUGAUAUCCAUGGAAGAUGCCGUGAAUAAAUACUCUCCUAAUUUACAUAGUCUUACAGAUAAACUGGAAAGAGCAGUGACGUCACUGAUUUCAUGUAAAGAUAAACAUGAGCAAGUAAAAAAACAGCUCAAACGUAAACAAAUAUCAGUAGAACAAGAAAUAAAACAACACGCAGCUAACAUUACUAAACGUGUAAAACAAGAAGAGCAGAGACUUCUUGCCAAGGUGACUGAGAUAUGUGGUAAGCAAGACAAAGAAUUACAGGCACAGAUGGAACACAUCGAGUUGGAUUUAGGACGUGCAAAAAGUAUGCAGUCUUACGCUAUUAACUUUCUUCACCAUGGCAACCCAGCUGAUUUUCUAUCGCAAAAACAGAAUUUAGAAGUCGGACUGACGGAGUUAGGACAUACAUCCCUAUUGACUCAGUAUGGAAUAAGAACAGACAUUAAAUUCAAAUUUCAGGAAAGUGUUUCACCACAUACGUUAUCCAUCGGCGAAGUAAACUGUGAACGUACAGAGAGUUCCCCUCAAAGAGAGGUUGAAUGUAGAUCCAAUGUUAUCACUGGAAAAAUGCCACAUGGUACAUUGAAUGUUAAAGUUGUCAGUCUUGACGAUAUCAUCAUCGAUUACAAUAUCCCGGAUGGUGUUCAAGGGGUAAGACACAUAUAA